AGGUGGUUUGGGCGUUUCUGGGAGGUUUUUGGGGGUUUGGGACCCCCAGUUUUCCCAGCUGAGCUCCCGUUUUUCCCUUCCUCGGUCUCACCAGUGGCACGGAGAUGUUUCCCAGCCAUCCAGGCCAAGAAAGGCGUCAUCAUGGUGGGCAACGAGACCACCUACGACGACGGCCACGGGGGCCGCAGGAACGUCACCGAGCUGCUGGAAGGCGCCAAAAAAGCCAACGUGGUGCUGGAGACCCGUCAGCUGGCCAUGAAGAUCUUCGAGGAUUACACCGUGUCCUGGUACUGGAUCAUCAUAGGACUGGUCAUCGCCAUGGUGGCCAGCUUGAUCUUCAUCGUCCUGCUGCGAUUCCUGGCCGGGAUCAUGGUGUGGGUGAUGAUCGUCAUGGUGAUCCUGGUGUUGGGAUACGGAAUCUUCCACUGUUACAUGGAAUACGCCAAAUUAAAAGGGGAAGCGGGGUCGGACAUGUCCCUGACGGAUCUGGGCUUCCAGACCGAUCUCCGUGUCUACCUCCACCUGCGGCAGACGUGGCUGGCGUUCCUGAUCAUCCUGUGCGUGCUGGAGCUGGUGAUCGUCCUGCUGCUCAUCUUCCUGCGCAAGAGGAUCCUCAUCGCCAUCGCGCUCAUCAAGGAGGCCAGCAGGGCCAUCGGUCACGUCAUGUCAUCGCUGCUGUUCCCCUUGUGCACCUUCUUCCUGCUGUGCCUCUGCAUCGCCUACUGGGCCAGCACCGCCGUCUUCCUGUCCACCUCCAACGAGGCCGUUUACAAGGUGUUCAACGAGUCCGCGUGCCCGUUCUCCGGGCAGACCUGCAAGCCCGAGACCUUCAACACCAGCAACGUCACCAAGCUGUGCCCCGACGCCCAGUGCCUCUUCGCGUUCUACGGCGGCGAGACCGCCUACCACAAGUACCUCAUCGUGCUCCAGUUCUUCAACGUCUUCAUGUUCUUCUGGCUCGCCAACUUCGUCAUCGCGCUGGGCCAGGUGACGCUGGCCGGCGCCUUCGCCUCCUACUACUGGGCCUUCAAGAAACCCGACGACAUGCCGGCCUUCCCGCUCUUCUCCGCCUUCGGCCGCGCGCUCCGGUACCACACCGGCUCGCUGGCCUUCGGCUCGCUGGUCCUGGCCAUCGUCCAGGUCAUCAGGGUCACCCUGGAGUACCUGGACCACCGGUUGAAA